UGUCACUCAUUCUCUGAUCAGCGCGUGAACGCAGCUCGGCAGCCGCUGGCAGGAAACAAUUCUGCAAAAAUAAUCAUACUCAGCCUGGCAAUUGUCUGCCCCUAGGUCUGUUGCUCUGCCGCCAUCCACACUCGCUGCAAGGGGGGGGGCGGCACAGAAUUUACGGCGGCAAGAACAUCCCUCCCAGCCAGCAGAUUACAAUGCUGCAAACUAAGGAUCUCAUCUGGACUUUGUUUUUCCUGGGAACUGCAGUUUCUCUGCAGGUGGAUAUUGUUCCCAGCCAAGGGGAGAUCAGCGUUGGAGAGUCCAAAUUCUUCUUAUGCCAAGUGGCGGGAGAUGCCAAAGAUAAAGACAUCUCCUGGUUCUCCCCCAACGGAGAAAAGCUCACCCCGAACCAGCAGCGGAUCUCAGUGGUGUGGAAUGAUGACUCUUCUUCCACCCUCACCAUCUACAAUGCCAACAUUGAUGACGCCGGCAUUUACAAGUGUGUGGUCACUGGCGAGGAUGGCAGUGAGUCCGAGGCCACGGUCAACGUGAAGAUCUUCCAGAAGCUCAUGUUCAAGAAUGCACCAACCCCACAGGAGUUCAGGGAGGGGGAAGAUGCUGUGAUCGUGUGUGAUGUGGUCAGCUCCCUCCCCCCAACCAUCAUCUGGAAACACAAAGGCCGAGAUGUCAUCCUGAAAAAAGAUGUCCGAUUCAUAGUCCUGUCCAACAACUACCUGCAGAUCCGGGGCAUCAAGAAAACAGAUGAGGGCACUUACCGCUGUGAGGGCAGGAUCCUGGCACGAGGGGAGAUCAACUUCAAGGACAUUCAGGUCAUUGUGAAUGUGCCGCCCACCGUCCAGGCCAGGCAGAGCAUAGUGAAUGCCACCGCCAACCUCGGCCAGUCCGUUACCCUGGUGUGCGAUGCCGAAGGCUUCCCAGAGCCCACCAUGAGCUGGACAAAGGAUGGAGAACAGAUAGAGAAUGAGGAAGACGAGAAGUACCUCUUCAGUGACGACAGUUCAGAGCUGACCAUCAGGAGGGUGGAUAAGAAUGACGAGGCGGAGUACGUGUGCAUUGCCGAGAACAAGGCUGGAGAGCAGGAUGCAUCCAUCCACCUCAAAGUCUUUGCAAAACCCAAAAUCACAUAUGUAGAGAACCAGACUGCCAUGGAACUGGAGGAACAAGUCACUCUUACUUGUGAAGCCUCAGGAGACCCCAUUCCCUCCAUCACCUGGAGAACUUCCACCCGAAACAUCAGCAGCGAAGAAAAGACUCUGGACGGGCACAUGGUGGUGCGCAGCCACGCCCGCGUGUCAUCCCUGACUCUGAAGAGCAUCCAGUACACAGACGCUGGAGAAUACAUCUGCACUGCCAGCAACACCAUCGGCCAGGACUCCCAGUCCAUGUUCCUCGAAGUGCAAUAUGCUCCCAAGCUGCAGGGCCCCGUGGCUGUAUAUACCUGGGAGGGGAACCAGGUGAACAUCACCUGCGAGGUAUUCGCCUACCCCAGUGCCACAAUCUCGUGGUUCCGAGACGGCCAGCUGCUGCCAAGCUCCAACUACAGCAAUAUCAAGAUCUACAACACCCCCUCCGCCAGCUACCUGGAGGUGACCCCAGACUCUGAAAAUGAUUUUGGAAACUACAACUGUACUGCAGUGAACCGCAUUGGACAGGAGUCCUUGGAAUUCAUCCUUGUCCAAGCAGACACCCCAUCUUCACCAUCCAUCGACCAGGUGGAGCCAUACUCCAGCACAGCACAGGUGCAGUUUGAUGAGCCAGAGGCCACAGGCGGAGUGCCCAUCCUCAAGUACAAGGCUGAGUGGAGAGCAAUGGGCGAGGAAGUGUGGCAUUUCAAGUGGUAUGAUGCCAAAGAAGCAAACAUGGAGGGCAUCGUUACCAUCGUGGGCCUAAAGCCUGAGACGACGUACGCGGUGCGACUGGCAGCCCUCAAUGGCAAGGGUCUGGGUGAGAUCAGCGCAGCCUCCGAGUUCAAGACGCAGCCAGUCCGGGAACCCAGUGCACCCAAGCUCGAAGGGCAGAUGGGAGAGGAUGGCAACUCCAUUAAAGUGAACCUGAUCAAGCAGGACGACGGUGGCUCCCCCAUCAGACACUACCUGGUCAAGUACCGAGCGAAGCUGUCCUCCGAGUGGAAACCAGAGAUCAGGCUUCCAUCUGGCAGUGACCACGUCAUGCUCAAGUCCCUGGAGUGGAACGCUGAGUAUGAGGUCUACGUGGUGGCUGAGAACCAGCAGGGAAAGUCCAAGGCGGCUCAUUUUGUGUUCAGGACCUUGGCCCAGCCCACAGCCAUCCCAGCCAAUGGCAGCCCCACAUCAGGCCUGAGCACCGGGGCCAUCGUGGGCAUCCUCAUCAUCAUCUUUGUCCUGCUCCUGGUGGUUGUGGACAUUACCUGCUACUUCCUGAACAAGUGUGGUCUGCUCAUGUGCAUCGCCGUCAACCUGUGCGGAAAAGCCGGGCCUGGAGCCAAGGGCAAGGACAUGGAGGAGGGCAAAGCCGCCUUCUCGAAAGAUGAGUCCAAGGAGCCCAUCGUGGAGGUGCGAACUGAGGAGGAGCGGACCCCUAACCACGAUGGAGGGAAACACACAGAGCCCAACGAGACCACACCGCUGACGGAGCCCGAGCUGCCUGCUGACACCACAGCCACUGUCGAGGACAUGCUGCCUUCUGUCACCACCGUCACCGCUAACUCUGACACUAUCACCGAAACCUUUGCCACUGCUCAGAACAGCCCCACCAGUGAGACCACCACCCUGACCUCCAGUAUUGCCCCUCCGGCCACGGCCACACCUGACUCAAACUCUGUGCCCGCUGGCCAGGCCACCCCUUCCAAGGGGCCUGGCGUCACCACCUCCUCCCCACCCCCAGCUUCAGCCCCCAAGGUCGCCCCCCUUGUUGACCUGAGCGACACCCCCACCUCAGCCCCUGCUGCCAGCAAUUUGUCUUCUAGUGUCCUGGCUAACCAGGGGGCUGUGCUCAGCCCAAGCACCCCGGCCAGCGUUGGGGAGGCCUCCAAGGCCCCUGCGGCGAGCAAGCCAGCCCCUGCACCAGGCCCUGCCUCCGCUGGGACAGCCAGUCCCCUAGCAGUAGCAGCUGCUCCUGCCACAGAAGCCCCCCAGGCCAAGCAGGAGGUUCCCAGCACCAAAGGCCCGGACCCCGAGCCCACCCAGCCCGGCGCGGUGAAGAGCCCGACCGAGGCAGCCACAGCCCUCGCUAGCCCGAAGAGCGAGGCUGCCUCUGUCAGCGCCACAAACCCUGCCCAGGGCGAGGACUUUAAAAUGGACGAAGGGAACUUCAAGACCCCAGAUAUUGACCUUGCAAAGGAUGUUUUUGCAGCCCUGGGCUCUCCUGCUCCCGCCGCUGGGGCCAGUGGACAAGCCCCUGAGCUUGCUCCUUCCACUGCAGACAGCUCUGUUUCGCCUGCACCAGCAAAGACCGAGAAGGGCCCCGUAGAAGCAAAGUCGGAGUCCCAGGAGACAGAAACGAAGCCAGCGCCAGCCGAAGUCAAGACGGUCCCCAACGACGCCACACAAACAAAGGAGAACGAGAGCAAAGCAUGAUGGGUGACAAGAAACGAGCAAAGAUUAAAAUAAAAAGUGACACAACAGCUUCACCAGAGCAUUUCCAAUAUUACACACACACACACACGCACACACACACACACACACACAUCUCAUUCCUCUAGUGUCUUUUGCCUUUAAAAAAAAAACUAAGCAGAUAAACAUGGAAUAUCCUUUUUGUAGGUUUAUAGAAAGGGUUCCUUUGUUGCCCACUCACUUGUAAGAAAAUGAGACAAAAAGGUUAAACCCACAGCCAAACUAGGACACUCCGUUCCCUGAAACCAUUUAAAAAUCAAACAAAAGGACCCCAAAUUAAGAAUCUAGGAAGCUCAGAAAAAAAAUCUAGGUUCAGGAAGACCACACGUGGUGUUGCCCCAUUGGCACAGACCAGUUUCAGAGAAAUACUUCCAGGCACUAAGACUAACCGAAUGAACAAAGUCCAAGUUUAUUUUUAUACUUUCAGUCGAGUUUGAACUCUGUAAAACCUCAUAAAUAAGUUAUAAUUUCUGUUCACUUUGUGAUUUGUUCAGUAUGCAAAGUGUGUCACCCUUUCUAGCUGAAUUCAAUUCCCACGUAGACUCUUGUUUUGUAGGAAGAAUGCCAAAUUGCAGCUUCUGGGGGUAGAUCUCAAUUUGCAGUAUUUGGAUUUCUUUUUCUUUCCUUUUCUUUUUCAUUCCUUUUUUUUUUUUUUCUUUUUUUUUUUUUCCUUUCUGCCAACUUUGUUUUCCAGUGUUUACAAAUUGACAAUGUUUGACUUCGGUUGUGUUUAAAUGUCCAUGUAAAAUAGCUGCCUUUUUUUGUUGUUGUUACAAAUACUGCCUAGAGGUGGGCAGGAUCCUCACAGGCUUGCUUUAGCACCGGACAACUUUACAAAAUAUGAUUGUUUACAGUGGCUCUUCUCCCCCUCCCCCCGCCCCCAGUCUGAUUUGAAAUUUCUGCCUGUGUGCGACUCAGGUGAAAUUCCAUCUCAUUCUGGAAUGGUUUUGCUUUUUGGUUCUCGGUUCUUUGUGUGUUUCCUUGGGGGUUAGACCACUUUCUGAUUAGCCACCACCUGGCCUGUCUCUGUGAAAAGGAUCUGCUCCCCAGGCAUCCACGUCCUUCCUUUUGAAGGACUCUUUAGGCUUUGUUGAAUGAAGCAGAGAAGAUUGUAUAGUUGGGGCUGGUCUUGGUGAACACACAUUUUUACCCCCAACAUCCCCUUUUUUGCAGAAAGCCAAAUAAAAUAUAUACAUACAAUUUCCUUUUGAGCCCGGAAUCUAGAUUUGAGCGGAAGAGCAUGUGUGCUUCAGGGAAUUAGUGUCUUUUUUUGGAAAUCUGUUGAAGUAAAGUAACAUCGGCCUUCUGUUCCCUUAGGCAGCAUUUGUGGAAACAAAAGAAAAAAAAAAAAAAACAACCCUGCUGUCUGGAGUCAUAACACAACUUUCCUGGAUUGGAAACCAAGUGGGGGAAAAAAUACAGAAACUUUAAG